AUUGACCGCGAUAAUUUUACAUGCGACUGCGAUGAGCCAUUAAGUGCUGAGUUUUCGCAAGCAGUUGAAGCCAUCCCGGUCGAAUGGCUCAAAGAUAGCCGUGCACAGCAGCCGUCACAAUUGGGACGAAAUCAACGACGACAAAAGCAAAACCAUGCACCCAAUGAAAAUGAUGUGCUCAAACAUAUUGAACAACAGUUUGUCAUUUCCGACAACCAUUAUUCCGACCAUGCGCGAAAAAUACGUGAUUCCCGACGCGGUGCGCCAUCCACAUCAAUGGCGACAACCUCAACUGCUACUACAUCGAAUCAAUCGACAGCUAAAGCAUCCGUCAGCUCGAGCCCGCACGAUGACGAUAACAUUAAUGAAGAUGAUGACAUGAUUGAAAUCGACCUAGGCAUAGAGCUUGUUUGUCAAUUGGACAAUCAAUUCGGUUCUAACACGUUCCAAAGUGAAAAUUUGAAAGAUAUCAAAACAAAAGUGUUUAUGUCAAAAUCACUCGGGCAACAGUUGUACGCAACUUUUAUUGAAUCACUUUACCAUCAAAUCGAGGAGCAAAAGCAGCAGUCAAUCAAAGACGACGAAGAAUUUGCCAAAGAACUGCAAGUGAAGCAGCCACAAACUCAAAAUCUGUUUGAAGUUGCACAGGCCAAUUCGAAUGUUCAAAAUAUCGCUGACAUGGAAUACGCUUGGAAAGCAUACAAUUGCAAUGCAAAUGAAUGGAAACAAACGACGCGCGAAGACUUGGCAAUGAAACUCACGAAAGCAAAGCUAUACGAAAUUUUCCCUAACGUCGACCGAGAGCAGCUAAUUGAAGUGUUCACCGCGUAUGGGAAUCAGUUUGCAAAGACGGUGGAAUUCUUCAAAGAGAGCUUAAAGUCAGAAAUAGAUGAGCAAAUACGAGCCAAAGGACAAGAGCUGGCAACACAAGUCCGCGUUGAAGCGCAAACGGUGCAACCAACGCAACCAACCCAUUCAAAGCCUAACAAGCACAAGAUCCAAGGUGUUGCUGCUACGCUGAACAAGCUAGAUGUGGAAGAUGCCAAACGGGCGGCUCUACGCGAUUUUGAGGAAAAUCGUAACAUGGCUAUGCAUCAUUCUCACCUGAAAGCUGAGUGUUACAAUAAGGCACGAGAAGCAUUCCAACGCAAACAAACAGGAGUUGCGUAUUAUUAUACAACGGUGGCCAAUUUGCACAACACAAAAAUCGAUAUGUACAAUCACAAAGCGGCAAAUGCCAUUGUCGAAGUACAUUCCUACACGCAACAGGAUCCAAAUAUGCUUGAUUUGCAUUAUCUACAUGCGGACGAAGCGAUCGAAUGCUUGGAUAUUUACAUUGAUCGACACAUCAACGAGCUCAAAGAUGCAAAACGUGGUUUCAAAUACGUAUUCAUCAUAACGGGAAGAGGUUUACACAGCGCCGGUGGGUUCUCAACAAUCAAGCAUCGGGUCAAGUGUCGUCUGAAGGAACGAAAAUUAUCAUGGGCCGAAGUCAAUCCCGGUUUGCUUAAAGUCAAGCUGCAAUACAUUUCUUUGUUCACUGACAGUGUAAACAACAACUAAACGACAAAGUUCAAUUUCGAUUUUUAUUCUACAUACCAUUUCAUUAUUCAUUUUUUCUAUACAACUUUUGUUUCUAUCCAUUCGAAAUUAAGCAAAUUGGCAUCAAGCUACAUCAUACAUACAUACAUGACCAAGACAUAUGACCUAAUCUUUAUUUUAUUUUAAGUUACCGCCGGACACAAAUAAACAACCAUAAGUUGACACUACCGUCACUUUUAACAUUAAGACACGAAAUUUGUACAGAUUCUUUUGUACCAAUUGAACGAAUAAAAAGUAUUUUGAAGUAAAAA